AUGAUGCAAAAUGGAAAUGAUGGUAAUGGAGUUAUUGAUGAUGACCUCAUAGUUUACUCUGCCGAUGAAGAUUACAGUCAGUAUGGGAAAGUGAAAGAUGAGGAUGAGGAUGGAGUUGAUAUGUGUUCGAUGUCGAGUGUGAAAGCGUGUUGUGUUGGUCAAGGAGAAAGAUCAAAUAGGAUAUGGUCUGGAAAUAUCUAUGCCAAACAGAGUUUUGCUUGGAAGGAUGAGAUGGUAUCAAAAUCGUGA